CUUUGCACACCUAGAGGUCAUUGUUUACAUCCAUCCAUACGUGCCAUUUCUGCCAGUACAUUUCUGCAUCCUGACAGUGUGGCAGAGCUGUAGAAGACAGAGAAACAAACACCUCGACCCCGUUACUGUUGUUUUGUGUCACCACUUCUACUUGCUCACCUUGAAGCCUCAGCACCUGUUCAGCAGAAAGAGGAUCGCAUCAGACGGUGGAAACCUCGUGGAUUUUAGCAAAACAAUUCCUGUUUAUAUCUCCUCAAAACCAGCUGCCACCAUUUCACCUCCGACAGCCAUGUACAGCUCCAGCUACUCCCGGGCCAAGUUUGGCCAGGAGGCAAGGGAGCCCCUGCACCACCGCAAAGGGAAGAGCUGCGGCUACUACAUGAGGAUCAUCUUCUUCUUUUCCUCUCUGAUCCAGUCUCUGAUCAUCGUCAGCCUGGUGCUCUUCCUCAUCUAUGGACAGCCGGAGAAGUCUGCAGAGGAGAAGAGGGUGGAGGAGCUGGAGCAGGGCUUCAACCGGCUGAGUGAGAACAACAUCCAGCUGAGGAAGGAGAAAGGUGAGCUGGGAGCUCAGCUGGGAGCUCGCACAGCUGAGAAAGAUGCUCUGGAGAAAGAGCUGGCGAAGCUGAAGGUCGAUGCCAACAACACAGAACAUGGGCUGAAGGAAAAAUUAGCUUUGUGUAAGAGAAUGAGUGCAACAACGCAGAGCAUGCUUAUGCACCGUCCCACCACUCCGAUCCAGCCCCCUGUCUUGCUCACUACCAGCAGUGAGGUGAAGACUCUGCAGAGCCUCAACGCGCAGCAGAAAGCCAUGAUAAACCUCAUCCAGGCAAACUUCACCCAGACAGUUCAGUACCUGAGCCACGAGAGAGACGUGGCCCUCAAGGACCGAGACACGCACCACCAGGAUGCCAUCACCCUGCGCAGGGAGAACACCAUGCUGAAGGAGCAGCUCACCACCUACACCAGGAAGUGCAAAGAGGACUUUGCUCAUUCUUUGGAUGGGAUCACAACGGUGACCAGAGAUUUCCUGAACAGGAUCAACAACCUGUUUCCCCACCAGCUGACCUUUCACCUCACCUGCGACAGCCAGCAGGAGCAGAUGGAGAAGAUACGCAACAGCUGCACGAACCUCUCCAGAGACGUGGAGAAUAAGUUCCAGCUGUACUUAGACAAAGUGGGCAACAAGGUGGCCGAGAUCCAAGCCACGUCCAGUCGUCUGGAGGUGCAAAACGUGCAUUUGAACACUGAUCUGCAGCUGUGUCAACGCACUCGCAGUGAGAUGGCUGCCGAGGCCGCAAAGCAGCUCGAGCUCAAGCAGAAGACCCAUGAUGAUCAGGUGGAGAAAUUACUGAUUGAGCAGAACCGGCUGAGAGAACAGAAGAAGCUGCAGGAGGAGAGUUUAGCUCUGAGAGAGAGAGAGAUUCAGAUCCUCCAGCGAACACUCCCACAGCCCAACCUUAAGCCUGGUGUUCCUAAAGUUGCUGGCGUACAGGCCCCACAGCAGGGGGGGCAGACUGCCCCUCGGUGGCCCCCUGUUGGAGCACCUGUCAUCGGCAAAACUCCAACGGUGAGAUGAAAUGAACGAGCGGAGCAAUGACUGUAGGCACCACCGUUAAAGACGUUUCUGCAAGGACGUGUACAUAAUCCUGACACCACAUCAAUCAACACAACCUGUAAAUAAUCCGAGUCCAUGUUAAUAACAUAUUAACUGUUGUUGGUCUGUGCAUGCUUUGUUUAGUUUUACUUGUAACAGAAGUUUCAUCUGUUUUACUUUGAGUUAACAUUUACUGUGAAAAGCCUGCGUUUGAUCCACCCAGGUAAAUGUACAAAUUUCAGUGACACUGGUGUAAAUAUUUCUGUUGUGUGUCACUCGCUGUGGUUUUUUUUUUUUUUUUGUCAUUAGCUUGUCUUUACUGUGAAAUUAAAAUUGAGUUAACCAAGAA